AUGAACAACUUGCAUGCGCUGCAGCCACAGGACACCUCCAGCAUUUUGUGGGCCUUGGGCAAGUCUGGGGCCAUCCGCGAGCCACUGAUGGCAGCUUUUUGCAGCAUCGCACAGUCUGGCGCAGGCCGCUCCGAACCCCAGGCGCUGUCCAACACGAUUUGGGCCCUUGGCACCUUGGGAGUGUUUGGCGAGCCCCUCAUCCGGGCGCCCAGCACCGCCAUCGCGGUGAAGGCGGCGCAGCCCAACCCGCAGAACCCGUCGAACGCCCUGCGGAGCCCAGCCUCAUCGAGCGCCAGCGGCGUCGCGCCUUCCGGGACCACCGUUGCUGUGGCCAUGACGCGCCUCUCCGAGCCCAACACGCAGAACUCGUCCAACAGCGCCCGGGCGCGUGGCACUGCCGCCCUUGCGGGCUCUGCGUUGCUCGGGGCAGCCGCAGAAUGCGCGCGAGCGAAGGCGCUCGAAGCGGCCGACUCCUUCGCGCCGCUGGAGCUGACAAACCUGGCGCGGGCGCACGCCACAUCGGGGACUUGCAGCCCGGCGCUGCUGGGCGCUCCUGCGGAUCUUGCGGAGCAGCGCGUGAUGCAGUCCCAGCCCUUCAACCUGGCCAUCCUGGCGCGGGCCUUCGCACGCCUGGGCUACUACUCUGGGCCGUCGUCAGAUGCGUCGGCGGAGCGGGGCAUCCAAGUCAUGCCGCAGCUCGGAGCGCAGGAGCUGUCCAACAUGGCACGGACCCAUGGCACUUUGGUUGCGAUGAGGGGGUCCUUGGCGGAUGCAGCUGCAGAGAGGGCAGUUCAGACUUCAGGCUUACCUCUGCCGCAGCACGUGGCAAACACCGCGUGA